UUCCAUAUUUCUUUUCAACUAAAACUUCCAAACACCACACGAGUCGUUCGUUGAACGCAUCUUAAAACAAAGGCGACAGUCACAGAGAAAAACCAGUACAAGGCGGUUCCUUUUUUAUCAUUUCUGUCUUCUUCUGUAUAGACCAGUAGAGAGACGACCCUUAAAGUUCAAACCUUUAAGACUUUUUCUUUCUCCCUUUGGCUUUUACGACGUUUAUAUCAGACUUCAUCUUUCUCAAAUCUCAAGAAUCGAAGACCCUUCUGCUCUUGAACCUCUCCUGUUGAAGUUGGAUGGUGGAACAAACUGCGAGAGUUAUGUCACUGGUGAGGUCAGCUGAGCCAUCCGCUGCAGCAUAUAGGAACCCGAAGCUUUACUCGCCGAAUGAGAAUGGUUACAACAGUGGCGGUGGUGCUUCUGUUGAAAUCUUUGAUCCAGACAGGUCCAAGAACACUUGCCUGACUCAUGAUAAUUCUUACCCAAGCCAAAGCUACUUUCUUGAUUCUCCAACAGAACAACAUCCUGUUGCCUGUGGGGCGGCCUCGGUUAGCUCAUUUGGCUCUUUGGACUCGUCUCCUUAUCAGUCUAGACCGGUUCUUGGAUCCUCCAUGGAGUUUGAUGAUGAACAAAUGAGAUCAAAGAUUCAAGAGCUUGAAAGAGCCCUUCUCAGCGAUGAAGAUGAUGAUAUCAUGGAGGGACUAGAUCACCUGAUGGAGAUUGACAACGAAUGGUCUUACCAAAACCAUUCAAGCAAAGACUCCUCAUCUGCUGAUUCCAACUCUCAAGCAAGUAGUACCAAAGAAGUGGUCUCACAAGCAAAAACUCCAAAGCAGAUCCUGAUCUCUUGUGCCCGUGCCUUAUCAGAAGGCAAAUCAGAGGAAGCAUUGUCAAUGCUAAACGAGCUGAGACAGAUAGUUUCAAUCCAAGGAGACCCUUCUCAGAGAAUAGCAGCUUACAUGGUCGAAGGUCUAGCCGCAAGAAUGGCUGCUUCAGGGACGUUCCUCUACAGAGCAUUGAAAUGCAAAGAGCCUCCUUCUGACGAGAGGCUAGCUGCUAUGCAAGUCCUCUUCGAGGCAUGCCCUUGCUUCAAAUUCGGAUUAUUAGCUGCUAACGGCGCAAUAGUGGAAUCAAUCAGAGAUGAAAAAGAAGUGCACAUAAUAGAUUUCGAUAUAAACCAAGGAAACCAAUACAUGACGCUGAUCAGAACCAUUGCUGAGCUUCCCGGUAAGGGCCCUCGCCUGAGGCUAACCGGUAUCGAUGACCCUGAAUCAGUCCAAAGAUCAGUAGGAGGGUUGAGAAUCAUAGGCCUAAGACUCGAGCAGCUUGCGAAAGACCAUGGAGUCUCCUUCAAGUUCAAAGCAGUAGCGUCCAAGACUUCUUUAAUCGUCUCUCCAUCUACGCUCGGUUGCAAACCAGGAGAGGCUUUGAUCGUCAACUUCGCGUUUCAGCUUCACCACAUGCCUGACGAGAGCGUCACGAUAGUUAACCAGCGCGACGAGCUGCUACACAUGGUCAAAGGGUUGAACCCGAAGCUAGUGACAGUCGUUGAGCAAGACGUGAACACAAACACUUCCCCUUUCUUCCCGAGGUUCAUGGAGGCUUACGAGUACUACUCUGCGGUUUUCGAGUCUCUCGACGUGACGCUCCCGAGAGAGAGCCAAGAGAGGAUGAACGUGGAGAGGCAGUGUCUCGCUAGAGACAUUGUCAACGUUGUUGCUUGCGAAGGAGAAGAGCGGAUUGAGAGAUACGAGGUUGCUGGGAAAUGGAGAGCGAGGAUGAUGAUGGCGGGUUUCAGUUCGAGGCCAAUGAGUUCUAGAGUGACGAGGAGCAUACAGAGCCUCAUUAAGGAAGAGUAUUGCAGUAAGUACAAGGUUAAAGAGGAGAUGGGUGAGCUCCUUUUUUGCUGGGAGGAUAAGAGUUUAAUCGUUGCUUCAGCUUGGAGGUGAAAAAGAUUAGUAACAUAUGUUCAAUAAAAACAAUGUUUAUGUUUUAUUUUUAAUCUUUGGUUAUAUUGUAACUAGUCAAGAAGUCAUCUCUAUGUAUUAUUGAUUCCGAGAAGCUAACCUAGCUAACGCUAUUUGUUUUCACCUCUCUUUAUAUAAAAGUAGAGUUUUGUUUACAA